UUGGCCAUGGCUGACGGAGGUGCUCGUGUACUCCCACAUUUUUGUGACUAAAAAUAUUGUUUUUUUUUAAAGUGUCUGUUAGAGCUCGUAACUUACUAUAUUAUCUCAGUGGAUCAUUCCAAAACUUUCUCUUUUCAGACUGUCCAGAUUGGAGCAGCUAUGUAAGUCGUGAGGAUGUGUCAGGAAUGUGUUAAAGAAGAAUAUCCAGACAGGGGUACAAUCUGUCUGGACUCUGGAACGUAUUUGGCAAAUCUUCAAGGGUGCCAAGGCUGUGGGCACAAGGAUACACUCAGUGUUGUCGAUAGAACCACCUCAAGCACCCAGGAUUCUCCACAAGAAGUUAUUGAAUAUGACCAUGUUUGUGGGAAUUGUAAUCAUGUGAUUGCUACUCAUGGCCAUCGUUUUUGGGUGGAAGAUGACUAUCAGUAUUAUGAGAUGAGCUGCAUGUUGUGUGGUGAGGCUGAGGAUACCCGAUCUUGCUUUCCUGAUGAUCCACGCAUGGAAGUCUCCCUAUUUUAGAAGUAUGUCAUCAAACUCAUCACCACCAGUAGAAGCAUUUGAGGCCAAGCUGUGAAAAUUUUGGUGUAAUGUAUUUGAGAUCGGAUAUAUACUCUCUUAAUUGAUAUGAGGAAACCAGUAGCAAUAGGUGAAAUUAAGCCAUCUCUGUGUGAGAAAAUUCUUGCUGGUGUUUCCCCAGCCAAAUAGGGGAGGACCGUCACUUUUGCAGUGUAACAUGCUUGAUGUGUCAAGUAAACGAGAGAAUUGUCUCCUAAUUUGUGUCAUACAUAUGAUUUAGUUAAGAACUGUAAAUGUGUUUGGCAUCAUUGUUAAUCAUGCUGGGUGUCUUAAGUGUAAGAGGUCUAAUACAGUGACAUAUGUACAACACAGUACUUUAGUUACAAAUGUAUGUGUGUGUGUGUGUGUGAGGUCAUGUAUAUAUUGAGGAGAUUUGAUUAUUUGUAGUUUACUGAAGUAUAUAAGCCAAAAUAGUGAUGCACAGUCUCUUAUACUGAGCACAACAAUUUAUAAAUAUAUUUAAAAUGUCUCCAUGGAUAUUACAUUAAAGAGUUGAUUUUAUAUAGUAUUGUGUAAUGAAUAUCUAAACUGUAUUCAUUCUGUUGUAGAGGAUAUAUAUUUUUUAUAUUGGAUGUCAUCAUUUUGCUCAAUAACUGAUUAUACAAAUAGAUAAUCAAUUGCAUUGUUAGAAAAUUUUUUCUCUUCAAGUGUGAAUACUUGACGUAGUUAGUUCUGGGUUUAUAGUAUUUGUAAUUCAUUAAAACUAGCAAUAUGUACCAAGUUAGUCAUUAGUCAUUCUAUUAAAUCUUGUACAAUCACCA